GUGCCUUUGAUUAGCGUGGCUCACCGCAGUGGCUCAGUAACACACAUUCACUCAUCGUAGCCUAGCACUCGACACGCCGGUUGCUUCUCUGCACAUUUACCAUCACCUUAUCUUGUUUCUUCUCCUUUGCUUCCUCGACCUCAACCUCCUUUUACUGAAGGUCUCUCUACUUGUGCAAUACCAUACCCUUUUUUUACCCUUUCAUCGAUCCACAUCAUCAGCCAUGGAGAAAGAUUUCAUGGAGCCGAAAUAUGAAUCCAAACCCGAGGCCUCCUCGGCCGCCGACCCUCCGCCGUCCUAUGGAGAGACCGAGACAACUAAAGGAAGUUUUGGCCAAAGAAUCUGGGACAGUUUCAAGAGAGAUCCUAAUGCACAAGUAUCGGCCGCCGAACACUCCGGUGCCGAUGGAUCGUCAUACGAUAUCGAGGAAGCUGCACGGAAGACUGCUCAAUCCCCCCUGCAGCGCAAGCUCAAAGGCCGUCACCUUCAGAUGAUCGCUAUCGGUGGCUCAAUUGGUACUGGUCUCUUCGUCGGAUCCGGAUCAGUGUUGGCUGCGGGUGGACCUGCAUCAGUUCUGAUUGCUUAUGCGUUGAUCGGCUGCAUGCUUUACUGUACCGUGCACGCGCUGGGUGAAAUGGCCGUUCUGUUUCCUGUCGCUGGUUCCUUCUCCCACUACUCCACUCGCUUUAUCGAUCCCGCCUGGGGUUUCGCUAUGGGUUGGAACUAUGCUCUGCAAUGGUUGGUGGUCCUGCCGACCGAAAUCGUCGCUGCUUCCAUGACCGUCAACUACUGGAAUUCGAGUAUCUCGAGUGCUGCUUGGGUCGCCAUCUUUUGGGUCUUGAUCGUUGCAAUCAACCUAUUCGGUGUCAAGGGCUAUGGAGAAGCUGAGUUCGUCUUCUCAAUUGUCAAGGUCCUUGCGGUUAUUGGCUUCAUCAUCCUCGGCAUCAUUUUGGAUUGUGGUGGUGGCCCCAACGGUGGCUAUAUCGGUGCACGCUAUUGGCAUAACCCAGGCGCUUUCCACAACGGAUUCAAGGGUCUUUGCAGUGUCUUCGUCAAUGCCGCCUUCGCCUUCGCCGGCACUGAGCUUGUUGGUCUUGCGGCAGCCGAGACCGCCAAUCCUCGCAAGUCCCUCCCGACUGCCAUCAAGCAAGUGUUCUGGCGUAUCACCCUGUUCUAUAUCUUGUCGCUUCUGAUGGUCGGCUUGCUGGUCCCUUACACCGAUGACAUGCUUCUUAGCGGGUCAUCCAGCGCCGACGCUAAGGCAUCGCCCUUCGUUAUCGCCAUCAAGAACGCCGGUAUAUCUGGAUUACCCUCUGUCAUGAAUGUUGUGAUCAUGAUCGCCGUGCUGUCAGUUGGUAACGCCUCGGUCUACGGUUCCUCGAGAACGUUAGCAGCCCUGGCUGAACAGGGACAAGCCCCCAAGUUCCUGGGUUAUAUUGACCGUAAGGGUCGUCCUCUCUGGUCUCUUCUGAUCGCUUCGUCGCUGGGUGCACUUGGAUUCUUGGCCGCAUCUUCGAAGCAGUCCGAAGCGUUCUCUUGGAUGAUGGCGAUUUCUGGUCUCUCGUCCAUCUUCACUUGGGGUUCAAUCUGUUUGUGCCAUAUCCGCUUCCGUCGUGCUUGGAAAAUACAGGGGCAUAGUUUGAACGAACUCGCCUUCCGGUCUCAACCUGGAUUGAUCGGAUCCUGGGUCGGCUUCGCUUUCAACUGCCUGGUUUUGGUAGCCCAAUUCUGGGUUGGAUUUGCGCCUACCGGAUAUGCGAGCAUGUCGGCCUCGGCCUUGGUUGAAAACUUCUUCUCGGCCUACCUCGCCGCGCCUGUUGUGCUGGUGUUCUACAUUCCUUACAAACUGUGGUACAAAACUCCCUUUAUCCGCGCCAAAGACAUGGACCUUCAAACCGGUCGCCGUGACUUGGAUAUUCAAUAUCUCAUUGAGCAGGAGCAGGCCGAACAGGUGCAGUGGCCAGCUUGGAAGAAGGUUUACAAGGUUUUCUGUUAGGUUGCAGUGUUGCCAGUCAGACAUUGGACUUCCAUGGGCGCCUUAAUAUGAUGAUAUGAUAAUACCUUUUGUGCCUGAAACUUGUGUACCAUAGCGAUAAUGUUCCUUCCCCUCACUUCAGACCAGAGCAUCUGGUGCGUCUCGGUGUUUAAACCAUCUUCAUGGUCAAAUACAACUCGACUCGAAACAACAUCUUGCGCAUUGUACAUGGGAAUAUGUAUACAUGUCUGUAAGCUGUAGAAG